AUGGUUCUUCGGGUGCAUCAUCAGGUGCAGCAGCAGCAGCAGCAACAGCAGGAGCAGCAGAAUGAUCACCAUGACCAUGACAAUGAUGACGAAGAUGAUGAACAACAGCAGCAAAAGAAACACCACCACCGCCACCAUCCUCAUAACCCCCAGGAGCAGCAACAGCAUCAGCAGCAUCAGCAGCAUCAGCAGCAUCAGCAGCAGCAGCAGCAGCAGGAGGAAGGAGGCCAAUUAAAAAGAUUAGUAGUAUGUGGUGCAUUAAUAGAAAUAUUAGCAAAUGAGGAAAGACAGAUACAAGCCUUAUGGGUAUGUCCUAAUCUAAGCAGCAGCAGCACAAGAUUGCUGCUAGAUGUAUUCUUACGUGUUGCUGCAGCAGAAGCAUUUGCUGCACAAGAUAAUACACAAGCAACAAGCAGCAACAAUAGCAGUAGCAGCAGCAGCAGCAGCAGCAGUAACAGCAAGAAAAAACGAGAAAAAGAUAACAAAUAUGAGAAAAAUAACAAACAUUGCAGCAGCAGCAGCAGCAGCAGCAACAGCAGCAGCAGCAGCAGCAACAGCAGCAGCAGCAAGGUAGGAAGAAGCAAAAAAGAGAAAGAAAAGGCAGAAAAGAAAGGUAAAUCAUCUAAGGACAAACGUAAGCAGCAGCAGCAGGAGGAAGAGGAUGAGAAGGAUGAUCAUUAUGGUUUGCUGCCUGUACAGCAGCAGCAGCAGCAGCAGCAGCAAAAAAAGUUGCUGUUUGCUUCCUGCAGCGAUAUAUUUGAAUGGCCAAGACAAGCAGCAUUCUUAAUUGCUGCUGAGCAGCUAAUAGGAUUUAAUUUACAUUGUGAGUUGCUGCAGCAGGAACCAUCUGCUGCUGCUGCUGCAUCUGCUGCUGCUGCUGCAGUUGAUACAGCAGCAGCAGCAGCAGCAGCAGAUAUUGCACAUGUAGAUCAUGGCUUCGGCAAAAAAUUUGCUGAAGGAUGUCCAUGCAGAGAUCUUGUUCCUGCUGCUGCUGCUGCUGCUGCUGCUGUUUCUGGUUCUAAGAAAUCAGGAGGAGGAGGAGGAGCAGCAACAGCUACAGCAACAGCAGCAGCAGCAGGAGGACAACAACAACAACAACAACAACAACAACAGCAGCAGCAGCAGCAGCAGCAGAAUGAUAUACAUUAUUUUUAUGCAAUAUCUGAGGGUUUGCUGCUGCAGCAGAUACCUGCGCAGCAGCAGCGGCAGCAGCUGCUGCUAGAGUUAACAGCAAAAGAGAGGGAGUUGCUGCCUCCUAAUUGGGAGAAGCAGGAAGGAUGGAUAGAUGCAUUGCAUCAGCUUGCUGCUGCUGCUGCUGCUGCUAAUGCUGCUGCUGAGGUGUAUGCGCACCUCCCUCUGCUGCCGCAGCUACUUGAGGAUACACCGCAAAAUAUUAUUAAUGAUGAACUUUGUGGUCUUUCUUAUGAGCAUGCGCUGUCUAUACACCAUAAACUGCAACAAUAUGCACAUUAUUAA